AAACUAAUUGAGCUUUUGCUGCUGUUAAAUACCACGUAUUCCUGAUUUGAAUUUCCAUUUUUGGAAUAUUUUUGUUCGUUUUUUAAUAACAACAAACAGCUUAUUUGCAUGGUUUCAUAUAUUGGAUAAUGUUUGUAAAACAAAGAUGACGCCGCUGCAAUGAGGACGAACCAUUAGCGGCAUUGACUAUGGGACCAGAGGCAUGGGCAUGUGUGCGGACCCUGGGUCUUACCGGUGGUGUCAGGCAUUAAGCCGAACGCGAUCAUCGUUCGCCACAAACAAUAAUAAAAACCAAAACCAAAACCUUAAUACAAACACAACUAAUAACAAACACAAAAACCACAACUGCAACAACAACAAGGUGAAAAACUGCAGCCGCAAAAACAACUACAACAACAAACACAAAAGCUUUAACAAUAAUAAGCUGAAUAUUAUAAAUCAACAGCAGCAGCUACAACAACUACAACAGCAACAUAACGAUUAUCAAAUACGUUAUCGACCAACCUCAACAACAACACCAACAAUAUUACCCACAACAUUACAAAAACCUUCAACUUCAAAUUGUCUACUUACAACAACGAUACUGGAGACGUUAAAGUUUUGUGAUCCAACAACGACAGCGUCUCACCUUCAAUAUAAUUUACCACCAUAUAGUACGACGACGACGUCGACGACGACCACUACAACAUCAUCAUUGACAGCCACAACAACAACAGAUUGCCGAGGAAAAUCAACGUUAAAUUUAAAGAAAAUUCUACAGAAAUCUGAACAUAUUUGCUGUUGGCUGAAAUCAUCAUUUCAAUUCACAAUAUUGUUAUUUAUCAUUUUACUUUUAACAAAAUCAACCUAUGCCAAUAACAAUAUACCGGAAGAUGCUGUCCAUAUCACAGCCAUACUCGGUGAAGGUGUCAUCUUCAAUUGUCACGUUGAAUUCCCCAAUGAUCAUCCAGUCCCGUACGUCCUACAGUGGGACAAGAAGGUGAGCGAAACGGGCUCGGAUCUACCGAUAUACAUUUGGUAUGAAAGUUAUCCAGAACACAUCGAAGACGGUUACAAGGGACGUGUUUCGCGUGUGUCACCGGACUCACCAUACGGUUCAGCAUCGCUUAAUCUGACCAAUAUCAAGGAGUCGGAUCAAGGAUGGUAUGAGUGUAAAGUUGUAUUUUUAAAUCGUGAUCCCAAGCAACAUAAGAACGGUACAUGGUUCCAUUUAGAUGUACAUGCACCGCCCCGUUUUAGCGUAACACCAGAUGAUAUUAUUUAUGUUAAUUUAGGUGAUUCAAUUAUACUAAAUUGCCAAGCUGAUGGCACACCCACACCCGAAAUUCUAUGGUACAAAGAUGCUAAUCCCGUUGAUCCUUCGCCUACUGUUGGCAUCUUUAAUGAUGGCACCGAAUUACGGAUCUCCACAAUACGGCACGAGGAUAUCGGAGAAUACACUUGCAUUGCACGCAAUGGUGAGGGACAAGUCUCCCAUACGGCCCGUGUUAUAAUAGCGGGCGGCGCUGUAAUCAUGGUGCCGCCCACCAACACAACUAAACUAGAGGGCGAAAAGGUGAUAUUCUCAUGUGAAGCUAAGGCUAUGCCUGGAAAUGUCACCGUACGAUGGUUUCGUGAGGGGUCACCUGUUAGAGAGUUGGCCUCAUUGGAGACACGCAUUACAAUACGCAAAGAUGGCUCGUUAAUUAUCAAUCCAGUCAGCGCCGAUGAUUCGGGCCAAUAUCUGUGCGAGGUAACAAAUGGUAUUGGUGAUCCCCAGAGUGCAUCGGCUUAUUUGAAUGUUGAGUAUCCUGCCAAAGUGACCUUUACACCAACUGUACAAUAUCUACCAUUCCGUUUAGCCGGUGUUGUCCAGUGUUAUAUUAAAUCAAAUCCUCAAUUACAAUAUGUCACCUGGACCAAAGACAAACGUCUACUAGAACCUUAUCAAAUGAAAGAUAUUGUAGUUAUGGCCAAUGGUUCUCUGCUAUUUACGCGCGUCAAUGAAGAUCAUCAGGGACGCUACACUUGUACCCCCUACAAUGCAUUGGGCACACAGGGAUCCUCGGGUCCCAUGGAGGUUUUGGUACGUAAACCUCCCACAUUUACCGUAGAGCCUGAAUCGCUGUAUCAGCGUAAGGUAGGCGAUAGUGUGGAAAUGCAUUGUGAUGCCGUCGAGGCGGAGGGUACACAGAAACCAACCAUUAAAUGGCAACGACAGGAUGGCGGUGCCCUGUCGGAUACUCAACGUAAUCGUGUGAAAACAUCUGGGGGUAAUAUUACCAUUGAAAAUCUACGCGGCGAAGAUUUCGGCUACUAUCAGUGUGUUGUCUCUAAUGAAGUGGCCACUCUAAUGUCCCAAACACAACUAGUUAUCGAAGGCACCCAACCGCAUGCACCCUACAACAUCACCGGCAAAGCAACCGAGUCAUCAAUAACGCUACAAUGGCUGCCGGGCUACAGUGGCGGUUCGGAAUACAAACAAGAUUAUACGAUUUGGUAUCGUGAGGCUGGUGUUAACGAUUGGCAAACAAUAUCGGUUACACCCUCGGGUAGUACACAAGUUACGAUCAAUGGCUUAGCAUCGGGUACUACCUAUGAAUUUCAGGUAGUUGGUCGUAAUGUGCUCGGUGAUGGUAUGAUGAGUAAAGUGAUGACCGUGCGAACGCUUGAAGAUGUUCCGGCUCCGCCACGUAAUGUCAAGGCUGCAACACAACCGCCAGAUCAUGUAUUUCAACUAAUGCCAGAUGAAGCUGACCUUUUAGCCUAUUUUGACAUUUAUUUUCAUACCGAUUCAAAUGGAUCGAUUGUUUAUUCACCGCCUAAAUUAAAAUUAAAAGGACCGAAGCCAGGACCACCACGUAAUCUAACCGUAACCGAGGUAUCAAAUGGUUUUCUUAUCUCUUGGCAAGCACCAUUGGAACGUGCCCAUAUCGUUAAAUUUUAUACAAUAAAAUAUCGUACUGAUGCUCAAUGGAAGACAUUAAAUCGCGGUCAAAUACGACCCGAAGAAACACAAUAUUUAGUUAAGAAUUUAGUUGGUGGUCGUACGUAUUAUUUUCGCGUUUUAGCCAAUUCGGAAAAAUCUUAUGAAUCCAGUGAUGAAGUUAAAUUUCCGGUACCGGCUCGAGUCAAACAUAAAGCAAUAACAGCCGGUGUCGUUGGGGGCAUCCUGUUUUUUAUAGUUGCGAUCAUUUUAUCGGUUUGUGCCGUAAAAAUUUGCAAUAAACGUAAACGACGAAAACAGGAAAAAGAGUUCAACAUGGUAGCUUGCAGGAUAACGGAUGCCCGUAAUAUAGCAGCAAAUAAUCACCAUCAUCAUCAGCAGCUGCCGCACCAGCAGCAGCUGCCGCUCCAUCAUCACACACAACAGCAGCAGCAGCAACAACAUUUACAACAACAUCAGCAGCAGCAACAAAAUCAACAUAUACAACAACAGCAUCAACAUCAUUUACAACAAAUGCAUAAUCGUAAUACGGGCUCGAUUUCCGCUAGUCAAGUGCCUUUAAAAAAAUAUAAACAAACCCGAAUAUCAAGUUUAACAACAAUACUCAUUGCUAUACUACACUGGAUAUGGCCACCGGAUCGUUGCACGAAUUGUCAUUCUAUCUAUAGUUCACCUCAGGCGGAUGAAGGAGAUGGCCAAAAGACGGUAACGGAGAUACAACGUUCCCGAGAUGGUCGUUUCGUAGUGACAGGUAAAACAAAUGCCUUAACAAAUGGUGAAAUCCUGGCGGAUGAAGGAAUCGAUGAAGUGGAUGGCCUGCCCGGUACACGUAAUAGUAAUGCUUCGCAAAAAUCAUCUUCAGAUGAUGGAGGUUUUCUGUCGCGGCGUAAUUUCAUAACAGCCCGAGCUUCAUGGCGUCGUCCCUUGGUCCAGUCACCCAGUCAAUUGAGUCUACAAUCGGUGGCAGCUGGUUCGGCUAGAGGUUUUCUUCAGGGAUUGGGAGGUUUGCUGAAAAUAGGCGGCAGUCUGGGUGGUGAUAAUGGUGGCGAUACUAUGAAUAGUGGCGCGCGAUAUCAAAAUGUCUAUGGUAAUAAUUUGUAUCGUAAUCUGCAUCAUCACCAUCAUUUGGGUAGACAACAGCAGGCUCAGCCUGCCAGCAGACCUUUACAUAUAAACACAAUUAGUGGAGCUACAGCGGGACAUCAUAUGCAUCAAGUCUUUUCACCUUCUAAGGUAUCGAGAUUGUUUUCAAGCUCACCCGCCAGUACGCCAAAUGAUCAGAACUUACAAGAAGGUGGCCUGUUGACUUCACCCUGGGCCUUAACUACUCCUAAUCAUACCACCACCUUCUCCUACAAUCACUUUAGUGAUUUAAGUACCGUAUAUCCUGGCUCAGCGGAAAGGUCUGUGCCAACCUUAACGCCCACAGCCAGUGGGAAUUUAAGUAGAUAUCGUUAUUAUUCUCAUGAAUUGCCUUCCUUAAGAACCAUACAAGAGGAGACCAGGCGUUUGAAUUAUGAACAGCAACAGCAGCAGCAACAACAUUAUAGACAAGACUUUUUGCCUUUACAAUUGGAUUCACCGCCCUCCUGGCGCAGCUACUAUCAGCACAGUCAGGCUCCUUACUAUCACAGCUAUAGACCACGUACCCGUUGGUAUCCCAGGCACUAUUCACGUCUCUUUGGCAGACCGCAAUCAGAUUUAAUGUCGCCCUUGCCUCAUCUUAAUUUGUCUAUGAGAACUACAAACAAUCAUUUAUUAGGCCUAGAUGCCUCACCUGAAUCAAGAUCUAGUUCUUCUGGUUUUGGUUCCAAAAAUACCUCUAAUCAUCCACAUGGAUCUCAUCAUUCUGGCAGUACCAGUGAAUGGCGUUUACUGCCACCCUAUAGACCACCGCCGCCACCACCAGCAGCAACAGCAAAUACAGCAUAUUUUGGUUCCGCCACUACUACAGCUGGCCAACAGCCACAACAGGCCCAGGGCCAGGCUCCAGUAACGCAGAGCCAUCAGCAACAGCAGCAUCAAACACAGUUCAAUACAUUGCCUAGCAGCUAUCAACCCUACUCACCCUCCAACUACUUUAGUUCCAGUACCCAAAGAACCCUGACACCACCCUACACCAUGGAGCAUUGGCUGGAUAUGAUAACGCGCCUAAAUGCUGCUACCGAUAAUGUUAAUCUACCCAAAUCAGUAGAUGUGGGCAGUGUAGAUGGUCAUUAUGAAUUCGAUCCAUCUACACCCACCCCCAGUGCUUCAACACCUACCGGAGGCCUGCUACGUGAAGAUCUCAAUUUACAUAUAGACACCACUGGACAUCAUUUGCACCAUCAUCACCAUCAUCUGGCCCAACAACACAACCAUCUUCAUCAGCACAAUUCUCAUAAUGGUCAACACUAUCAUCACAAUCAUAGUCACAAUCAUCAUCAUCAACAUGGUCAGCAUCACACUUUAGGCCCCUUAAGUUCUUCAUCUUCACUGUUUCAUACACAAACUUCGGGUACAUUUCCCACCAUUUCCGGUUCGGCCACUCUUGGUGGCGCCGCAAUGCGCAAAUCUCGUGUACCAGGUCGUUACGACAAUAUCGAGGCUCGUUUGCAGUCCAUGAAAGAAGAAUUCUAUGAGUAUCGCAAACGUCAGGCGAUGCAAAGAGCUGGCGUUUCGGAGCUGGAAAGUGUUUGCUGACACUGAGUUGUUAAGUAAGGUUUGCAAAUUGUUGGAAAAGCCUCAGAGGCAUUGUUUUAGGUUUAAGAAAUAUACAUGUAUGUAUGUAUAAGUGUUUAUAUAGUUUGAAGAAGCUAAAAUGA